AUGCUUACAUUACUCUGCAUCACCAUCAUCAGUCUCCUAAUUACCCUCACCCAAGCUAACCCUGAUACUCAAGUUAUCAGUUCAACGACUCAUCGACAGCUAGUUCUUCAACCUCAAUUGGUAUCUGACACUCAAAGAGAAUACAAUCACCCAGAACCAUCGACAUCUUCCGAUCAUCAAAUGCUUUCAAGUUUACCUGAGCAACAAUCUAGCUCGACAUCUGAUGAAGCAUCCCGCAAGGGCUUAAAGUGUACUAAAUCAUUCUCAACACAUCCACAGACUACCAUUCUUGCACCUUUAAACGCUGCUAUCAUGCGCCUAAGUCGAAAACCGCAUCAAGGUCUUCAAACUCCUGAAUCUGAAGCUCCAUUUCAUGAACUAUCACCCGAAGCGCAGAUCGCUCGUGAAGAAUCCAACUUAAGCUAUCUAGCGAAUUGGGUCUCAGCAUACGUGAUUACUGAUACUGUUGAACCUGAACAAUUUCCCUCUUCCGCUCAAUCUUCUCUCCCACUCAAGACCAUCAAUGGCCGAUCAAUUCAAAUAAUAUGCAAUGAUAUACAAGAUGAUAUGACUGAGAUGUCAAAGUUGAGUGCUCAAGAUGCCACAACAUCCAUCACACAAGAAAUUAUAUUGAUGAAGACUCAAUGUCUCGAUAAACAACUUGAAAACAUCUUUCAUCAACGGGCAAGCCUCGCCGAAUCCACCGACAUACUUUUCACGAAGUCCAACGAUGUUUAUUAUGCGAGCUGUGCAAAUGGCGCAGCAAUUCGCACUUGGGCGUCGAGUACCUUCACAAUAGUUAAUACAUCAGCCGUGAUCGAGUAUUCUUUUCAGAAUGAGAACAGUAGUUAUAUACCUAUGAGUGACACACGUGAGGUCUUUCCACGCCUGGCAUCUGAAUACGAUUAG